AUGACCACGAGUAUAGAUAUUGCGGUCUGUCUUGAUCGCUCAUCAUCAAUUGCAUUUUAUUCCAAACAAAUUCGUUUAAGUCUUCGUUCAAUUUUAAACAGAGCUCUAUCAUGUCAUCAAAGUGAUGUUCGUAUGGCAUUAAUUGAAUUUCAAUCACAUUCACAUCAUUGGCGAACAAAUAUACAUCCAUUUACUUCAUCGGGUGAUGAAUUUCACGAAUGGAUUGAUGCUAUCGAAAUUGAAAACGGAAAUCUCAAUGAAAACAAAGCAAUUGUCGAUGCACUUGGCGCAACUUUAACACUUGAUUGGCGUCCUAAUAAUAAUAUCAAUCGAUAUCAUGAAAAACUCGUAAUUUUGAUUACAGAUGGUGCUCCAUGUAGUUUACUUGAUGAUACAUGUGCUUGUAAUAGUAAUGAUCUUUGGCGAUUAUCUGAUGAAUUUGAAAAACAAGAUAUUACAUUAGUUGUUAUUGGUAUUGAACCAAGUAUUAUAAUUUACGAUGAUUUCUAUUGUGCAUUAGCAAAUAAAACAGGUGGUAUUUAUCUUCCAUUUAUCAAUGCAACACGUGUUCUUUCUUCUGUUAUUCAACGAGCCAUAUUAGGAGAAGACACAUUAUCACAAUUAUUUCGUCGGCUUGAUAUUCAUAAUGAUAUUGAAUAUAAUUCUCUAUAUCAUUACAAGUAUGUACAAAAAAGAGUAGAUUUUAUGAUGGAAUAUUGUCGAACAAUGGCUGAUAUUCGAAAAUGGUUAUAUCCAGUUCAUCAUCCAUCAACAGAAUAUAUUACUGGUGGAAUGAAUGUUGAUGAUGAUGAUGAUAAUUUCGAACCUGGUUCUCCAUCAUUGGAAACAAAUUAUUUGUUAUGUCCAAGUAUUAACAUUUAUUUUACUCCAAUAACCGAUGAUGAAGGUUAUCGAACAAGAUUGCCGACGACGGCAUCAGGCGACUCAAGUUAUAAUGUGGUUGGCUCAUCACCUGUUUCAUCAAUUCGUACGGAUUUGGAUUUGUAUAGUGAAAUUGACGAUGACUGCUUUUAA